UAGCUCAGGGCAGUGAUGCUGGAGGAGAUCUUAAACUGCCACUGCUGCUCAUUUCAGCAGACUGCUGGCCGUGGAGAGGUGACGGGGAAGCUGUCCCUUCGCAAGCAGCGCUUCAUGCAGUUCUCGUCCCUGGAGCACGGCGGCGAGUGUUACAUGACGCCGCGGGACUUCCUCUUUUCCGUGAUGUUCGAGCACCUGGAACGUAAAACUUCAGUCAAGAAGCUGACAAAAAAGGAUAUCGAGGAUGUACUGGCGGCAACUCAGACAGCUCGUUGUGGAUGCACCUUUUUUAGAGACCUUGGCGACAAAGGGCUGAUUUCCUACACCGAGUACCUGUUUCUGCUCACCGUCCUCACCAAACCCCACACUGGCUUUCACGUUGCUUUUAAAAUGCUGGAUGCAGAUGGUGAUGAGAUGGUGGAGAAAAGGGAAUUUUUUAAGCUGCAGAAGAUCUUAAGUAAACAAGACGACUUGAGGACGACGGCCGAGGAGACAGAGUGCCAGGAACCAACAGUGAAGGAACCUGAAAUUAACACAACCCUUCAGAUACGUUUCUUUGGAAAAAAAGGAGAAAGAAAACUUCAUUACAGAGAAUUUCGAAGGUUUAUGGAGAAUCUGCAGACGGAGAUCCAGGAAAUGGAGUUCCUCCAGUUUUCCAAAGGUUUGAGUUUCAUGAGGAAAGAAGACUUUGCAGAGUGGCUCCUUUUUUUCACUAACACCGAAAAUAAAGACAUUUAUUGGAAAAAUGUGAGAGAGAGGCUGUCGGCAGGAGAGAGCAUAAGUUUGGACGAGUUCAAGUCAUUCUGUCGCUUUACAACCCACUUGGAAGACUUCGCUAUUGCCAUGCAGAUGUUUAGUUUAGCCCACCGCCCCGUCAGACUAGCGGAGUUCAGGAGAGCCGUCACAGUUGCCACGGGACAAGAGCUGUCCGACAACAUCCUGGACGCCGUCUUCAAGAUCUUUGAUUUGGAUGGCGACGAGUGUCUCAGCCACGGGGAGUUUCUUGGAGUGAUGAAAAACAGGAUGCACCGGGGAUUAUGGGUACCACAGCAACUGAGUAUACAAGAAUACUGGAAAUGCGUGAAAAAAGAGAGCAUUAAAGGAGUAAAAGAAGUCUGGAAGCAAGCCGGAAAAGGCCUUUCCUAGGAAAAGACUGCGUGCGAAUUUCAUUGCACCAAAUGUGAGAAUUUGGGAUUUUUUUUUAAGUGCGAUGUUCAUCUCAUUGUCUUCAUUGAUUUCCUUUGUAAUAUAAAGAUGACCUGCACUGCAUUCUGAUGGAUAAUUUCCCAAUAAGACUUAAUUAACGAACUUAGUAAAGAGAAGAAAGUAUUCUUUUACAAAAACAGAUACUGGCCUCUGUCAGAAGGCCGACGAUUGAAGUAAUGCUUUGCACUUUGCUAAAAUGGAAACCCUAGUAAUUCACUGAUUUAGUAGACACAGCAGCACAGUAUGCUCUGUGGAAGGCUCGGGUACUCACAGACAGCAGUAAUGGGCACACAGGGCCAACGUCGCCUCUGCAAAUCCUGAUGCUCCCAGUAGGGCAGAUUCAGUUCACAUUUCAGGUCUCGUGGGUGUCUGAUAUCGCAUAAACCUCGUGUGCAUUUCAUUUCAGUUGGCUAUAUGUUGGUUGUCUUCCAAAUAACAUACAUUUCAAUAUUCUGUCAGGAAACAAAGUAUUCACAAAGAUACAAAAAUUACUGAGGUGUGUUUUGUUUUACAUACGUGGUUUAAAAAAUGCACAUCAUUUUUUACAUGUAAACACUCUCAUCUCAAAUCGGUUUAUAUUCUUAAAAACUGGUAUUGGGAGAAUCCCGAUCACAAGAUCAGGAUCUCUUGGGAUUUAUUGGGUUAUAGGUAAAUGUUUAAAAUGGCACUAAAAAUUAAUUGACAUUAAAUGUAAAAUAUUACAAACUGGCAUAUUUUUAAACUGCAAAUAAAAAUUAUUCUUAAAACACA